GACCGUACAGUACUGUACGUAGCUCUGUCCAGCCUUGCAGCAGUCUACUAUUCAUCCACCGCAUCGGGUCCGUGGGCGACUGCUCUAUGGCUCGUUCACUCGGCCAUCAACCGGUCAAUCUGCCCUCCUGCAACUGAAUGAAUAUCUUCCCGUCUCUCGGCCUCACCCUUCAGCUUUCCUUCCCUUGUCGCCCCCGUUUCUGCUUCGUUUCUCAGAGCAUGCCGAUCCCUGCGUUGUCUUGUUUCUUCUCGUCCUGUUUAAUGUUUAUCACGUCGUGCUUUUGACUCGGCCUGUGCCUUCUAUCCUUGUCCUGAUGCCCUGCUGCUGAUAUUUACACAAGCCUUGCCCAGCUCUGGGGACUGGCCUUGUCUCAAACUUCACCAUUUCAACACUCCCACUUCUCCUACCUUCGUUUCGUCUUGCCUUUCUAUUCGUUGUGCAGGUCACUGGCUGUUGAUAUGUCUGCCUACUAUGAAUCCCCGGCCAUGAGCCACCACAACCGCCACCAUAAAUCUAGUCCAUCAGAUGUGAAAGAGACUAAUGGCCAAGACGACAAACAGUCGAGGCCUGAAUCUAUAUCCUCUGAAGGCACCAGCAUCGAAUCAAGCCGCUCCUCCAGCUUCGACGAAGCCCGCGAGCAUCGACGAACCCACAAGACCACCUCGUCCAUCCCAACACCCAUCAAAACCUCCCACUCCUCCCGCUUCCGCCCACCACCCCUAUCCCCACGCUCAUUCCGCUCCUCACGAUCUCCUCGUAGCGGCGUCCUCGCACCGCUCACAAGCGACGGCAUGCCCAAACCACGAUCUCCACAGUCCAGUCUCUACUCCCGCCGCCACGAGAGCAAGCGCUCACCAUCAUUGCACAGCGCUCAAUCACCCUCCACCACCCAAUCCCCACCCUUCUCUCCACGCUCCCUCAAAUCCAUCUUCUCCAGCUCGCACAUCCACUCUCCGAGCGCCGGCUCCCACUACAGCACAUCUACCUCCACCACCAUCGCCUCCACCGCCGCCUCCUGUCAUCGCCGUGACAGCGCCUCCCAAAUCGACCCAACCACCGCCGCCGCUACCCUGCCUCCAGGCCAGACCAUCGCGCCCAAACUCUUCGACCGCAAUAUUCCCCGCUCGAAGCAGAAUCGCGAGCCGGACGCCCCGCCCCUGCCUACGCCCUCGUUCUUCGAGCCCCACGACAACCCCCUUGACACAGCCCCUUUCCCCCCGGCCUCCUCCACCACGCAUACCGGCGGAAAGGAGUCCAGUAACCCGCUCUCCAAGCUCGCGUCCCGCUUCAAGGCCGUGCUAGGUGGCGGUAGUAGUAGUGGCGGGGCGUCGAGCGCCGAGCAAAAGGCCAUGGCGCGGCGCAAGAAGAGCUCAGAUCGGAAGUUCAAGCCCAAGACUGCGCGCUUAGUCACUGAGAAAGUCGAGGAUGUGCACUGGACUGAGAUGUAGGGGCCAUUGUGGGGACUGACUGAGGUGUUCAUGUUGUUAUGUUACCUGAGCUAUGAAGGUAUAGCAGGUUCUUGAUGCCGGUGUAAUAUCUCCUUCGUUUGAGACGCAGGGGACGAGCAUAUCGCGCGGACUUUUCCUCAAUCCAUUGGGACUUGCCAUGCUCAGACGCUACAGAGCGUGACAGCGCCGACUCGGCUGUAUAUUCCAUACUGAAUGAGUGUCUAGGAUUGGAUUUCUCUAGAUAUAUAUGUUGGGCUGCUCAAGCAUGCAAAUACGUGCAUCUUCUGUGUUCGAUGCGCGGUGUGCGUCACAAUCUGAGGCAUUGGAUCUUGGUGUGAACUUAGUAAAGCUUUCUGACUGCCUUUGACUGCUUUUACUAGCUAGAGGGCCACUUAGGCAUGUCUCUGCCUUAUACUUUGGUCUGCUUGCGCGUGAUGGCAGUUAUUAUGUUGCGUGGUAGUGGAUAGAUCGAU